GCACCCAUUAUCCCUAAAGCUCAUAUACAAUGCAGUCAUAAGAAGCGUCUUGGACUAUGGAACCUUUGUCUUAGAACCUGGUAACAUCGUUGGAUUUAAGAAACUAGAUGCCAUACAAUCAAGGGCUUUGAGAAUCAUAUGUGGCGCUAUGAAAUCAAGCCCUAUUAAUGCCUUACAGGUUGAAUGCGUUGAAUCCCCAUUAAGGCUUAGACGGCAAUAUCUCUCCGACAAAUUUUUAUUACGUACUCUGCAAUUUUCCAAUCCUCCUCUUCUAUCUAAACUGUGCCGCCUUAAUGAACAGGUUAGAUUGUCAAAAUACUGGGUUCAUAAGUCCUGGCCUUGUCUAGUUAAAAGUCUCCAAAAAUUUCAAGCAAUAGAAGCUCCUACACACAAUUCACAAUACCUACCUAUUUAUUCCACCAACUUUGAUUCCUUACUACUUUCACCGAAUAUAUGCUUUAAUUUGGGUAUACAGGAACAUGUAAACUAUGCGAACAGCUAUUUGAACUAUUUAAUAGAUAAGAACUGGCCCUGUUGGCAUCAAAUUUAUACAGAUGCAUCAAAACAUACAACUCCUGGCUGUGUUGGUGUAGGGGUAUAUCAUGUUCAAUACAAAAUCGUCCAAAAAAUUAAACUUCCCCCGGAAUCUUCAGUGUUCACUGGAGAAUGCUUUGGACUAUUAAAAGCAAUAGAAUACAUUUUGAUGAUGAAAUUAGCAAACACAGUCAUCUUCACCGAUUCUAAGAGUGCUUUACAAGCAUUGGCCAGGUUCCCAUUUAAACAUAAUUUUUUCACUCCUCUCAUUAUGCAAAUUAGGACAAAACUUCAUCACUGUUACCUGAAAAAAUAUUCCGUGACCUUUGCUUGGGUACCGAGUCAUUGUGGCGUUAAAGGAAAUGAAAAGGCUGACGAACUGGCCAAUCAAGCGGUGGACUGUGGAGAUUUAUUUCCGUAUAAAAAUUAUAGCCAUGACUUGGCCGCUUUGCCCAGAGUUCAUCUUCGGGAAUCCUGGAGUGAACUUUGGACAUCUAGCGGUAUGUCAAAGGGCAAAUUUUAUUAUCUAAUCCAGCCUACGAUACCACUGCGGCCGUGGUUCUGCGGUUUGAAGCUUGGCAAGACGGCUACAUCUGUUUUAAUACGGAUGCGUCUGGGGCACGUAUGUACCCCAGCCCGUCUUGCGAGGCUUGGAAUUGUGGAAUCUUCGGCAUGUAGUUGUGGGUGUGAUGUUGGGGAUCUAAAUCACCUUAUAUUUUCUUGUCCUAACCAUGAUCAUUCUUCCCUUUAUUCCAGCCUGUCCUCACUUGGUGUUCCUUUUCCUACAAAUAUAUGUACUUUACUCUGUAAUUAUAAUAUAGACAUAUAUCGUAUUUUAUCUGUAUAUAUAAGUAUAAAUAAUAUCAAAGUGUAA